AUGAUCAGAAUAGUUGCAGCAGAGAUGAUGAAGGCGUGUCAGUCUCCUACAAAGCAUGCUUCUACAGAAAUCGCCAAAAAGUUAGUUGGCAAGUAUCCUCAGUCAUUGAAGGAUGUCAUCGAAGGGGACGUUGUGGGGACCGGAUACCACAGCCUUGUUAAACAGCUUCAAGCCCGUAUAGACAACAAAAAGUGCCAUGCAACCCCAAGAAUACAUAAACGCAAAUCGUUGUCAAACUCUGACACAGAUGAGGUCCCAGCAGUAAUGAAAGCGUCAGUCCAGGAUACGUAUGGCUGUGUUAAGUGGGACAUGAAGUUCAUGCCAGUCACAGAAACCCUGGAAAGCCAAAAUGAAAAGAAAGGAAAAAUGAGGUUUCUGUGGGAACAAGCCACUUUCAACCCAGACGAGGUGAAGGAAUUGAUGGAAUCCACGUACUAUUCACAGCGUAAGGCAAUUAAAAAUGGAGCAGCUCUUCAAACACUGAGAGAAGAAUGGCCUUUUUUGUUUCACGAAAUUGGGAUUUCUGCCCACUACCAGCAGCUAACAGGACUGCCACUGACGCAGACAUUCCUGAAAAGUGUGGGAAAAAAGGGAAAACAGCUCCUAAACUUCAUGGCAACUGUUUGUGCAAACAAGACCAGGCGUGUCUUUGAGACAUUGACCAAGCUAAGGUUCCAGAGAGGGCAGUUGGAGGGCUGCUCGGAUGACGUGAAGGAUAUGCUGCUUUUGCUGCUUUCCUACUUUAAUGAAGACGAGGCAACCCUGUUCCACUACACUGAAGAAACCAACCAGGCAGCCGACGUUCAGGUGGACUGCUUGCCAGUGACGCCAUGCAUCAUUGUGUGUGGAGCCUCCUACUACAGUGCCAAUAGAUUCAUGCUGAGCAUUGACGGCAAAAUUGUUAAUGACAACAUCGCCCAAUUCAUCGCUGCCAUCAACGUAAUGUUCGGCAGUUACUACUGCCUGAACAUCCACUAUCCAGUACAGUUGAGAUCAACGCUGGAGUUCCUUCAGAGGUGUUUCUUCAACAUCAAUCCAGAAAGGGGUACAAAGGUUGAGAUGAAAAAAACCAAGAAGCAACUGACGAUGGAGAACUCUUUAAUGGAAAGAGGAAAGCUAUUAAAAACAAAGAGGAAGCCAAGAACUUGUUUAAGGAGUUUCAUUCCUCUCCCAUGGGUGGACAUACUGGCAUUAUAAAGACGAGAAAUGCCAUAUGUUCCAGAUUUUACUGGCAGGGGAUGUCAGUUGAUAUUGAUAACUGGGUACUGGAGUGCGACAAAUGUCAAAAAGUUGGCAAACCUUUGACUGCUGUUCAGCCAUUGCAGUGUAUUAAGGUGUCUGCUGUCUGGGAGCUUCUUGGAAUUGACUUAACAGGACCAUUACCAAAAACCACAAGUGGCUUCCAGUACAUUCUCACAGUCACAGAUUACUUUUCAAGGUGAGGUUGGAAAAAAUCUCUGCUUAGUAACAUACAGACAUGGAUGUCCCAAACGUAUUCUCUCAGACCAAGGAAGAGAAUUUGUUAAUGAACUAAACCAGAGCCUUUGUGAGUUGCUAUCUAUUGAAAGAAGUGUGACAGCUGCUUAUCAUCCGCAUACAAAUGGCCUCGAUGAAAAGACCAAUGACAACAUAAAACGAGCUCUGAAAAAAAUGGUUAAUGAGCAGCAAGACAACUGGGACAUCUAUCUGGAUGCUACCUUAUUUUCUAUGAGGUCAAAAGUCCACACUACUACAAAACACUCACCAUUUCUUCUGAUGUAUGAAAGAGAAGCAGUUUUCCCAGCAGAAGUUCCUGUUGAGGUUCCAAUUUCCACCAUUAUUUUACCUACAGAAUCUAGUUACAGUAAGUAUCUAGAUUCCAAAAUGAAAAUGGAGGAAAUCAAGAAAACAACAGAAGACAACAUUCAAAUGUCCCAGGAGAAACAAAAGGCAGCCUAUGCCAGGAAAGUACAGAAGAAGUACUCAAACAUUGUUUAUAAUGUUGGAGAUGAAGUCCUUCUUUUAAAUAUGAGGAAACGUGGAAGAAAAGGAGGAAGAAUUGAACCAGACUUCUUUGGACCUUAUGUCAUUCAAACGAUAAGUGGGAAGCUUGUUACUCUUAAGAACACAGAAGGAACAACAUUAAAAAAUCAAUACAAUAUUGACCACAUCAAACCAUACAGAAGAAGCUCUGACUCUCAAUAUUUAUCGAGAAGCAAAGAUAUGCCCAAAGUGUUGAACGACAAUCACCCAAUUCAUACCCAUGAGAAGCAUUUAGCUGACAAGAUUUCUUCAGAUAACAGUAAUCUGCAAACAGCCAGCGAUAAUGACAGUUCUCCACAGGUACCUUCCCAUUCUGAAAAAACAGAAUCCAGUUUUGGAAAGGCCUUCUGUUAUUCAUUAGGCAAAGGAGAAAACGGACCAGAAACAUAAAAUUGUAAAAGAAUUAAACAUAACCAAAAGACCUGAAGAAACCAAACUGAAGACUCACUCCCCCCUGCCUACUGUUAAGAGAAGUCUACAAGAAGAAGGUUUUAAAGUUGUAAUUCACAUCAUUUGACCGGUUGGUCAAGUUCUUGCCAGUUUAGCUUUUCUUUCCAGUUGGCCUGUUGGCCCUCUCUUGUUGGCCCGUUGGCCAUACUUUGCACUAUUGGACAUAAUAACUUUAAAACAGUUGUAAUUAAUUGAUACAACAAUCACAAUAAACAAAUUGAUGUUUACUGCACAAAGAAAUUGUCAUAGUUUUAAAAAUCUGGGACAAGAGAAACAGCUAGGCUGUAUUACAGAAAGUUCUUGUGUAUUCUAAAUUAACUUUAAAAUUGAAUUUUAACACAAACAGCAAAUGAGUAAGGGUGGCUGUAAGAAGAGUGAAGUAAGAAAUUGGCUGUUUGUAAUGUACAGAUUUACAUCGAUUAACAUUUGUUUUAGAUGCAUACCUUCAGUCCCUCAUUAAAGACAAACAGGCAAGUAUAAUGUUUUGAUUUAUGUGUUUACUGGUGUGUUGCUUUACACAUGUACGUAUUAUGUUUGUACUCUUGUUGACAGAAGUCUGUUCACCAUAUGGAUGCUGUCAUUGCUUCAUCUUUGUUUGCUGGACAGUUUAGAUGUCUUACAAAGAUGAAGUUUGCAUUUGAGGACAUUUGGUUGUGUCCUGUAAACACUGGUUCACACUGGAUUCUAGUGAUUAUCGACAUGUCAGCAAAAACUGUGGUGCGUAUUGACCCUCUUGGAAAUGAAUGUUCAUAUGAGCGCAAGUUUCUGCAUAACUGGAGGAACAUUCUGAAGACAAUGGCACAUAACUCGCAGAGAGCUAAGUGGCAAAUAAAGACCAUGCAGCACAACAGACAGAGGGAUGGAAGUAGUUGUGGAGUUUUAGUACUGAAGUUUGCAGAACAUUUCCUUCUGACUGGUAGAAUUGAUGGAGUUGAAACCACAUCGCUUGCUGUGAGUGCUGCACGGAUGGACAUUGCCUGUUCACUCCUUAAAUGUCGAGGGAAUGCAGAAGAUUACUGUGUAAUUUGCACGAUAUUGCAAGGAGAUGCCAACAAGAGCAUGGUUGAAAUGGUGCAGUGUGACCAGUGUAGUCGGUGGGCACAUUUUGGAUGUGCCCAAUUUAUUAAAACAGAUGUGGACUACAUUUGUGAAAAGUGUAACAAAAAGAAAUAGAUUCUGUUUUGUUUUCUCUCUUUGUUUGUGCACAGAUUGUCAUUUUAA